AUGCACAAUCCUGAUCUUAUAGUAUUUGUGGGAGAAGCCUUGGUUGGUAAUGAUGGAUUGGGUUAAUUUUAAUAAGAAUUUGAUUUUAAUUAGUUCAAAGGAUAUAUAAGGGGGAUUGAUGCUAUAAUACUGAGCAAGUUUGAUACUGUUGAUGAGAAAGUUGGCGCGGGUUUAUCAUUGAGUUCAGGGGGGGACAAAGCAAUACUUUUAUUUUCAGUAGGACAGAAAUAUAGGCAUUUAAAGAAAAGAAUGGAGUUGUACGAGGAAUUGAAAAUAUACAUAAUAUCCAAAUAUAAAAACAAAAUUUGA